AUGCAAGGCCUUUGGUGUGAAGGAUUAGCAAUUUUUCAAUCAGGUUUGAGCUUAGCUUUAGAAGUUGAGAAUAUGGAGCAAAAGAAGAUCAGCAGCAGCAGCAGUAGCAACAACAACGCAGUUAUAAGAGAUGAGGAUGAAUAUAAAGGUGUACCAAUUCAUAGCCAAGUCAUGAAGAUAAAGCAAGAGUUUGAGAAGAUCAAGCAUCCAUCACUGCAGCAGCCAGAUAUGAGAAGGGUUCUCCGAGAGAUUACCAGGCAACGGUCCCGAUCCCCUCUAGGAUUAGCUGAAAGACCCAUAUCAGUUGGGAAUUCAUAGGAGCUACCAUAAUACACCUGUAGAAGAGAAGAAAGAGAAAUGGUUACUCUCAUGGCAGCAGGUUUUUAGGAUUAGUCUUGUUUCAAGUUUUUUUUUUCUCCCUGCCAGUUUCUGGAUCUUUGUUCUAUCUGCAGUAGGUAUCCUCCAACAUGUUUAUGGAGAAAACCUUAUCUCUUUCUUCUCUUCGGCUUCUUCUUCUUUUGCCCUGUUCAUAAUAGUUUUUCUUCCAUUAAUAUCUAAAAGCUUCUUGUAUAGAUUAAACCAGCUUCCUCUGUUUCCUUCUCUAGUUUGAUUGUAGCAAAUCACGUAUCUGGCUUUUGACGCCCCAGUUUCCUAUUUAUCGAAACUUCUUUUAUUAA